UGGCAGGCAUCAGACUGGCCAAGAGAUUUCUUCGCGUCAAGAGCAUCAUUGUCAUCUUCAUCGUCAGGUCACUUACUCACUCAGUCACUAGUCAACCACUCCUGAUCUGGAUAUUCAUGCCCAGGGUGCUGCCAGCAAGCAUCGAUCCCUUGUCUAAUCCCGUGUCUAGACUUUGGAGGGAGAUGAUUGAGUUUGAGUUGGAUGGGACUGUCUGUUUGGUGAUUUGAUUUGCCCUAGUGCUUGACGAGUUCCUGAGUAUUUGCGGAAGUUUGCUCACAGCAAGUAAGUUAGUAUGUCCAUAUUUGACUUGCAGUAGCAUAACAAGACUUCUUGGACAAGAGCAACGUUGAAGUGCACCAUAAGCAUGCAAAUGAAGUGCCAGAAAUUAUUUACCAUCGCCGGGUCGAGUAGUGCCAAAGGACAUCCUCGACAUUUCCGCAUGAAAUCCUCUUGGCCUCUGUGGAGUCUCAUCUGGCUCGCUUGGUGGAGUGUCUCCAAUCAGUGUUGUUCAGCCUUCAUGGCCUCCAUGGGCUCCAAAGACAAGGUCUACCAGAAUCUCCAGCAUUUCCUUUCACCUCUAGAGGAAUCAUUUUUCGACGAUGUCGAGUGUUUUCCCGGAGGCUCCGUCUGUGAUGUCGUCCCUAUCCGCCCCGUUCCUCUCCCCUUCUACCCCUCCCCCUCCUCCUCGUCCUCCGCGUCCUCCUCGUUCACCUCAUCAGUCACUGCCAAAGAUCCGCCCCACCGCCACCAUGGUCGCCACCCCUCGUUUGCCCGAUUAAAUUCAUCCAGUUUGUUCAAUAUCAAUGCAUUUGGCCGGAAUCUCCGGUUCAUCCUCCACGCCCGGGAUACCGCUUCCGUGCACCAUGAUCUCGUUCUGGAGUCGCCAGCUCGAAAUACCUGCUUCCAAUCCGGAUUCCUUCUUGAUGAUUCCCUGCCCUUGGAAGAAGAUGAAUGGCCCGACAUUCUUCCAGAGAGCGAGGUCGUUGUCAAUCGAUGCGUCCAGGACCACAAUGCCAUGAGUGGUCAUAUAAGUGAUGCAAGUAUAGAAACCACUUACUUCAUUCAGCCCGAUGUCCGACUUGGGGGUCAGUACCAUAUGAUAUACCAAUCAAAACCACCGCCAAGUCGCGAGUACAGUUACGAAGAGGAACUUGAUUCUCAAAUUGAUCUCAAUAAUCAGCGGGCUCGUCGAUCUUCUGUCAAUUUUGAGCCUACCCCUCAACCUUGGACUCUUACAUCUAAGAAGAAUUGGGUAGAGGUAUUGGUUGUUGCUGACGGUCCCAUGGUUCAAUACCAUGGGGCCAAUGUGGAAUCGUAUAUUCACACACUAAUGGAUAUGGUUUCCUUGAUUUAUCGGCAUGAGAGUUUGGGCAACUCCAUUCAUAUCUCCCUUGUGCAGCUCAUUCUUUUGGACCGGACCGAGUCUUUUGCUCCUCAAGUCCAAGGUGAGCGGAUCUCAGCCUCCGAAAUGCUCAAAAUCUUCUGCAACAAGUGGCAGAGGUCACUGAACCGUUACAGUAAAAUCGACUAUGAUGUGGCAUUACUCAUUACUAGAGAAAACCUAUGUCGAAAUACAAAAUCUACAGGUCAGAGUUGCGAUACGCUUGGCUUGGCUGAAAUGGGAACGAUGUGCGGCAAUCAUUCCUGUGCUAUCGUUCAGGAUAAUGGCCUAAGUGCAGCUUUCACCAUUGCUCAUGAAUUGGGCCAUGUGUUAAACAUGCCCCACGAUGAUGACAAGAAGUGCUCCGAGUUCAAUGCUUCCAAUGUGUCGUAUGUGAUGUCUCGAAUGCUGCAUCAUAACACGAAUCCUUGGGAAUGGUCCACCUGUAGUCGGGAAUAUGUCACCAAAUUCUUGGACUUGAAUUAUGGACACUGUUUGCAAAAUGAGCCGCACCGAAAUCUGCUGAAACGAGACGUGGCCAAACUUCCUGGCGAGUACUACGAUGAAAACAAGCAAUGCGAAUUCGUGUUUGGACAUGGAUCAACGAAAUGCUCAUUCAUGCCUCAAUGUUCCCGACUUUGGUGUGCCACUGCAGAAGGUGAGCACAAGGGUUGCCGAACUCAACACAUGCCAUGGGCCGAUGGCACCGGAUGUGGCGAGGGCCAUUGGUGUCUCAAGAACCAAUGUGUGCCUAAAUCCUUGGAUGAUAAGAAAGUCGAGCACGGCGAAUGGAGUGAUUGGCAGCCAUGGACCAAGUGUUCCCGCACUUGUGGUGGUGGGAUCAAAAAGUCGAUUCGGCAAUGCACCAACCCAAGUCCAAAGAAUGGGGGUAGCUACUGUGUCGGUAUGCGAGUCAAAUAUGUGUCUUGCAACACCAUGGACUGUCCCCGAGACACCAAGGACUUCCGAUUGGAGCAGUGUGAGCAGUUCAAUGGGCGCAACUUGAAUAUUGAAGGAGUGCCAAAAGACGUCGAGUGGGUCCCCAAAUACACCAGUAUUAGUGGCUCGGAUCAAUGCAAAUUGUUCUGUCGCAUUGAACAUUCCUCGGCCUACCACCUUCUAUCGUCCUCCGUGAUUGACGGCACACCCUGCGGAACAGAUACGUUUCACACCUGCGUGGAUGGACAAUGUAUUCCGGCGGGCUGUGACCGGGUCCUGAACUCGAACAAGGUCCAGGAUUGGUGUGGGGUAUGUGGUGGUGACAACUCCACGUGUCAAGAGGAGCGUGGGAACUACAAUUCCACCCGCUACGGCUACAACACGGUGGUCCGGAUCCCUCCGGGUGCCACCCGCAUCAAGAUCUUGCAACACGGCUACCUCAACAAAAGCGACGACGACACUUACAUUUCUCUCCGGGAUGUGGAAACCAAUAAAUCUGUGCUCAACGGUGACUUUGUCAUGAGUUUGUUCCGCAAGACGAUACAAUACGAAGGCACGGCCUUGGAAUACUCGGGAUCCCGUAGGGUAAUUGAGCACGUCAAGAGCGUCUCUCCGUUGAAGAAAGGCUUAAUUGUGGAGGUGCUGAUGGUGGGAAAUUUGAAUCCACCCCAAAUCGAUUACAGCUACGUGAUAUCGCGAAAAGAGCCGUCCUACUUCUACGAGGAUCGUUAUCCACCCAAAUGGUCAAAAUGUGACAGAAUCUGCAAAGGGAAACGAACCGCUCCGUCCAAAGUAUGCAUUCGAUCUUACCAAGGGCGUACUGAGGAGGUGGCAAACCAGUAUUGUUCACAUUUGCCAACUCCGGAAGUUCUGGUGGAGAAUUGCAAUGAUUGCCAUUUGGAAUGGAGUCUGGAGAAUCGCGAUUCGUGCUCCUCCAAAUGUGGAGCGGGGAAGCAAACCCUCCGAUAUGGUUGUGUCAAGGUCAUGUCCGACGCUCGAGACACCCGCGAAACUGUGGAGGAUCAAUUGUGUAUUAGCUUGAUUGGUAAGAAGCCUCCUGAAGAGUUUGAUUGCGAAGGACCGUGUGAAGGGGUUAAGUGGAACUUUGGACUCUGGUCAGAGUGCACUAAAACCUGUGGAGGAGGAGGAUAUCAAUUCCGUAGUGCCCAUUGUGUGGACAAGGAUGGUAAGGUCCUUUUGGACGACGAAUGCUUUGGUCUAGGGGCAAUCACGAAACAAGCGUGCGGCCAAGAGACAUGCCCAGAGUGGAAAACGGGCGAUUGGACCUCAUGCAGUGUGACUUGUGGAAGUGGAGUUCGCCAACGGCCAUAUUGGUGCGAAGUAGAGGGAAAGAAAAUUGAGGGCCGCUAUUGUUCCGGCCAAAGUGUUCCACGACAUUACGCAGGAUGCGAGAAGAAAUGUCUCAAAUGGUUCCAAGGAAAUUGGACAGAGUGUUCCACAACUUGUGGCGAAGGAGUACGGACCCGAGAGAUCUUUUGUCAAGACAUUCAAAGGGAUAGAAAAGUGGAUGAUAGACAUUGCGGAAAUCAUAGACGACCCAACCACGAAGAAUCUUGCAACCAAAUCUGCUCCUCAUUCAAGUCCAAUCGAGCCUUCACGAGGAAGGAAAAUGAAGUCCUGAAGAACCCAAAUCGAAAGAAAAAGCGAUCCAAUUACGUUUGGAGAGUGGGCGCAUGGCAAAAUUGCACUCAAGACUGUCAACAGAAACGGCAAGUCGUUUGUUUUGACCAAGACCACGAUGUCAAGAUGUCCGAUUUCAAAUGCAAGAGCGAGGGGCUCCCAAAACCAUUGACCAAGAAGUCCUGUCAGGAUUUCGAUUGCCGAGUAGGCAGAUGGUUGGUGGGUAGUUGGUCCAAUUGCUCGGAUUCAUGUGGACAGGGGUCUCAAAGGAGACACGUCAGAUGCGUGAGCAGGAAAUCGGAUUCCUCUAACCAAUCGAUAGACAAAAAAUAUUGUCCUGAUCCGGUCCCUGAUGACGAGAGAGUGUGCUCGAGCGGCUUGCCUUGCUUUCAUGAGGUUCCUCAAUCGAGUCACGUGGAAUAUUUUCAAGAAAAUGGCCUUUCCAACGAGCCUCAAUGGCGACAUGGCGAAUGGUCCGAGUGUACACAGACUUGUGGGAGUGGAGUACAACGUCGAAUUGUGGUUUGCCAAAUGUCAAAUCACAGCAAUUCGUGCGACUUGGACAAGAAACCCCUCGAGGAGCUCAUCUGCAACACUCAGCCGUGUCCUCGAUGGAACUUUCAAGAGUGGAAUAGCUGCGACGUUCCUUGUGGACAAGGCCAUAGACAUCGUCUGGUUCGUUGCCAAAACCAUUUGGGAGAGGCCUUGCCAGACUUCAAUUGUGAAUUGGCCAAGCGACCCCUAAGUUCCGAGGAAUGCUCUGCAGGCCGCAACUGUCAAACGCCUCGAAAGCCGAAAUAUCGCUGGAAGCAAUCACCAUGGAGCAUAUGUUCCAAGGCCUGCGACGGAGGUUAUUCCAGACGGACAGUUCAGUGCGUAGACAUCAGUAAUGGUGGCAAAGUGGUCAAUGGUCAAUUCUGUGCCCUGUCACACGGUAACGCAAUUCGUACUCGAAGGGUUCGUCGCCGCGGGUUCCGCCCAAAUCGGAAGCCCAAGACCAAAAAGAAGUGCAACAAGCUCCCAUGUCCAUUCAAAUGGGUGUCGGACAUGUGGUCGGAGUGUAGCCACACGUGUGGUAAGGGUGCUCAACAUCGACGGGUGACUUGUCAUCGAGUGAACGCCUAUGGCUGGAUUGACCCCGAAGAAGUUUCCCACGGAUGCAAUGCCACGGCUAUGCCCGUCACUCAUCAGGAUUGCGUUUUGACCUCUUGUAACGCCCGCUACAUGUGGCAAGUGGAACCUUGGGGAUCGUGCUUUUGGAAGAACAAGAAGUGCGGGCGCAGAGGGCGGCAGAGGCGAAAAAUCAACUGUGUAGAUAAAUACGGGCAGAAAACGAGGAAGAAGUAUUGCAAGCGCCAUCUUGCGAGUAAACCCAAGAAAUCGAGGAGAUGCGAGAAGAAGAUUUGUGGAUUCAAGAGUUGUCUAGACCGGAAAUUGAAAACAGGCAAUGAUACCGACGGAGAGUAUGAGAUUCUCUUUGCCGGGGAAAACGUGAAGGUAUACUGCCAUGAUAUGAACACGCCCAGACCCAAAGAAUACAUCACUUUGCCUACUGGAGGACGUGGCAACUAUGCCGAGAUUUAUUGGUUUCGGUUGAACACUCCAGAUCAUUGUCCAUAUAACGGAGCUCGGAAUGACAGUUGCGAUUGUGUCAAUGCUGCGAAUGAACGAGAGGGCCUAACCAGUUUCCAAAAGAUUAGGGUGAAUGUUACAUCGUUGAAAGUUAAUGCUCAUGAUUUCACAUUUGCUACGCAACUUCGAGGCCAACCUGUUCCUUAUGGCGAGGCUGGCGAUUGCUACAGUACAGACAAUUGCCCUCAAGGUCAAUUUGGAAUUGAUUUAACUGACACGCCCUUUGUUGUGGCACAUUACAUUGGAUGGGCUCAACAAGGCAACCAGCCGAGUCUAUGGCUGAAGAAAGAAUCGGAUAAUCAGGUGAUCCACGGGAAAUGUGGAGGAUAUUGCGGAUGGUGUAAACCAGAUCCGCUAAACGGGCUCAAACUGGAUCUACGGCCCCCGAGUUAAGGCUAAACUGAUCGCUACUGCCAUGAACUGGAUCCUGGUGUUCCAAUGCAACUGGAGAAAAAGUUUUUUAUGAUCUCUUUAGAUGUUGUUCAAGUGUUUUUCUCCUUUUAAAAACCCAACUUCAUUCUCCACCUGACCAGAGCACUGCCCAAAAGCUUUGUAUUAAACGAACCAGUAGCUUCUUUUGGUGUCAUACUUAGAAUCUCAAUCCAAUCAUCUACUACUUAGAAUCUCAAUCCCAACGAUGAUGUUUUCAUCCAUAAAUGCAACGUGUGAAGUGUAAGCAAAGAAAGGACAAUAAAUAUUAUCUCUAACA